AUGCCGAGGCGGCAAACAAAUCCGAAUUCCAACCCGCCAAACCAAACAGCCCCUCGAGCUACUGUGCAAUUGGUAAUGUCACAAUUGCUAGUUAUGCAGGCUAACCAAGAUCAACAUAAUCAAGACGUCCAACAACAAUUAUUAAUCGGACAGGCUAAUCAAGAUGAAACACACCAUCAAUUACAAGAAAUGCAACGACAACAACGUCAUGUAGUUCGCUUGCUCCACCUUUUAGAAGAGUAUGAAAAGGAUGGGAGAUACGAUCCAAUAAGAUAUAGUGGGAUUCUUUUCACUCUUCAUCAAGAUACGGAGGCUAACCAAGAUCAACAUAAUCAAGACGUCCAACAACAAUUAUUAAUCGGACAGGCUAAUCAAGAUGAAACACACCAUCAAUUACAAGAAAUGCAACGACAACAACGUCAUGUAGUUCGCUUGCUCCACCUUUUAGAAGAGUAUGAAAAGGAUGGGAGAUACGAUCCAAUAAGAUAUAGUGGGAUUCUUUUCACUCUUCAUCAAGAUACGGAGGUUGAGGAGGUUCGGAUUUGUUUGCCGCCUUUGGGUGGCAUUUUACAAGAAAUUCAACGACAGCAACGUCAUGUAGUUCGCUUGCUCCAUCUUUUAGAAGAGUAUGAAAAGGAUGGGAGAUACGAUCCAAUAAGACAGACAUAUAGCGGGAUUUAUAUUGGGCAUAUUAAUUUCGUUACUUAUGAACUAUAUAAUACUAAUAACGCAGCACACUAUUGCGCGUGUUCGUAA